AUGGUGCCCGGUACCAAUCCCGCUGAUUACCUCAGCGAUGAUGUACACUUUGAUACAAUGGAGGUGGAUGAAUUCAGAUACCAGUAUGGGCAGCCUCUCGUUAAACCUGAUCAUCCUCCUCUAACAACGAUGAUGCGAAGAUUCCAUGAAUGGUACCUGAAAACCUGCAGCGAGUCCGGGAAGGAUGUUUUGGCGAUGAGAAUUAAAGAGGAGCACGACCUCGUUGGAACUGGUCUAUUUUCUGUUGCAUUUGAGGAGUUAUUCCAGUUAUACAAUCAAAAGGCCCUCGACAAAACACUCGUGACUUGCUACUGUCUCUCCUCGUCAACUCAACUCAUCCGAAGAUGCCUACAAGCUCCUCUUGUAUUAUUUCCGCGCCCUUGGCCUUCUAAUGUUGAUACCUCAGAGGGUAGCAGAGUCUUCAAAGUUGUCGAAUAUUUUCGCUUGGUCGGUCGAGUUGUGGCGAAAAUCUUGCAGGAUGGAAGGCUUUUAGAUUUGCCUUUAUCAACAGCAUUUUAUAAGCUCAUACUCGGACAAGAGCUUGAUUUAUUCGACAUUAUCUCGUUCGAUGCUGAGCUUGGAAAGACACUGCAAGAACUGCAAGUUCUUGUUGAGCGUAGGAGGUUCCUUGAGUCCACUUGUGGCAAGGAUCAGCUAGAAGUUGCAGACUUGCGUUUCCGUGGAGCUCCUAUCGAGGACUUGUGUUUAGAUUUUACUCUUCCAGGUUUUCCUUAUUAUAUUCUCAAAGAAGGCGAGCAAAACACAAUUGUUAAUAUCCACAAUCUAGAGGAGUAUGUUUCUUUGGUAGUCGAUGCGACAGUGAAGUCAGGGAUUAUGAAGCAGGUUGAAGCUUUCAGAUCUGGGUUUAGUCAGGUCUUUGAUAUCUCAUCCCUCCAAAUAUUUUCACCUCAAGAACUUGACUAUCUAAUAUGUGGUCGUCAAGAAAUAUGGGAGGCUGAAUCACUGGUGCAUAACAUAAAAUUUGAUCAUGGGUUUACUGCUAAAAGUCCUGCCAUUAUAAAUCUACUCGAGAUCAUGUCGGAAUUUACCCCUGAUCAGCAGCAUGCAUUCUGCCAGUUUGUGACUGGUGCUUCUUGGCUUCCAACUGGUGGUUUGGCUGCCCUUAGUCCCAAGCUUACCAUAGUUCAAAAGGUGCUUUCUUUAUGUCGACAUCUUACUUUGAAUACAAGUGGGGUAACAGACGCUGCGGAUGACGAUUUGCCCAGUGUCAUGACAUGUGCCAACUAUCUCAAACUACCCCCAUAUUCCACAAAAGAAGUCAUGCUUAAGAAGCUGCUCUACGCCAUCCUAGAAGGCCGUGGAUCUUUUGAUCUAUCCUGAGCUGAUAACUAAUGAUACAGGGCUCACCAUUCGAUGCCCGUCAAUUUUAUCCCGAAUUAGUU